AUGGACCUUGCGGUAACUCUCAUAAAGUCUGUAUUGAGGGCCUUCUACCCGACACGCGACAUCCUUGUCAUGGACGCAUUAAUUCUUCAUGAAGCCCUCCGCGAUGACGACUUGGCUUAUCUUAUGGCCAUAAACACAAAAGAUCUACAUAAAAUUUGCGGCAAACUGCGGGAAGAUCGCUUUUUGACUGUUCACACGAGAUCUGAACUUCGUCAAGGCAACCCACGGCCCAGCAAUAGGACGUGGUAUUAUAUAAACUAUCGACAUACCAUCGACGCUAUCAAGUGGCGAGUGUAUACAAUCGAUAAGGAAGUCCAAGGAGCUCCAGUUCCAGCAAACGAGAAAAAGGAAUACUUUUGCAACUUUUGCAAGGCAGAAUGGACUGCCAUGGAAGUUCUUGACAGCGUUGGUCCGAAUGGCUUCUUGUGCCAUAGAUGCCACCAUACCCUUACCUUCGAGGCCGACCGUACUUCCACCGGACAUGAACAGUCUACGCGACUGAAUGACCAAUUCAAAUUUAUCAGCGAGCUUCUACCAAAAAUCGACUCCGUCCACAUUCCUGAGUGCGAUUUUGACCGAGCCUUGUCCAAGGCCCGUCCUGUGGUUCGUGACGCCACUCAUCAACGAGCCGCAACCAUUGCCGUAGAAAGUGGCACAAAUCGCCCAAUGGCUGUCAAGGGCCUCACCAACACCGGGCCGCAGUCCAUAGCAGUAAAUAUUUCCACUGCGGAAGGUCCAUCUACAGCAGAGAAAGAAGCCGACAGGGCCCGGAAGGAAAAGAUUGCACUGCAAAAUGCUUUGCCCUCUUGGAUGUCGAACAGCACAGUAACUGGCGAAUCCUUCUCCGGCGCCCUGAGUGAUGGGGUGUUGGCUCUUAAGCCAGAGGAUAAAGGCAGUGCUGCACCAAAAGGCACGGUGGAAGAUACCAACACCUCAGCGCAAAUUGAUGACAUAUUUGAAAGGCUCAAGGCUGAGCAGGCUGCGGAAAUGGCCAAGGGGGUCAAACAUGGUGGGAAUGACGAGGAUUUUGACUCCGAGGAGGAUGAUGGGGACGAAGAUGAAUUCGAGGACGUUCCUGCAACAGGGAAUCCAUCCAGCCUAGGCACACCGAGCACCGCGGCUCUUAAGCGCGAUGCUUCCAGCGUGUUAUCACAAGAUGGGGAUAGUGCAGAUGAAAGAGCGCGAAAGAAGGUCAAAGUCGAGCCAGAAAUCAAAGCAGAACCGAGGGAUAGCGUUGACCCUGAUGACACUGGAGAUGAGGAUGAGGAUAUGGAAUUUGAAGAUAUUUAA